GUGACCAUGAAUGGUUACUUACCCCUGAAAGGAUCAGCUCCAAAAAUUUGUUUAUUUUUUAUUUCAACCAAUUUUUUGAGUGACCUUACAAAUAAGUCUAAAAAUUUCUGAAAAUAGGUCUAAAAAUGUUCAAACCAUUUAUUUGAGAGCUCAAAUUUUUUUAAAUUUUAUUGAUGGUUGGUGUAUCUAUUGCUAGUCAUUGCUAAGCGACACUUGGUAGGUUUGUAUGGAGGUGCGGCCACCAUGUAUAACUCAGCUGGCAAUGGAGGCUACCAAAUGGUGGGCGGACAGAUCAAAGACACGCACAACAGAUGCUUCGGUGGCAGAUUCUGGUGUGUUCGAGACAUCUGUGGCAUCAUCUGUGCAGUGAUGACGUGGCUGUUGGUUGUAUAUGCUGACAUUGUUGUUGUUCUGGUCAUCUGCAGCAGUGGUGGCAGCAGCAGUAAUGGCAACAAUGCUAAUGCACACUACACUCCUGCAUCAUCACUCUCUGCAUACUCUGUCAUAAACUUCAUCAUCUUCAACUUACUGGCUUUCUUGGCUUUAGCCUCACAUACACGAGCCAUGUUGUCUGAUCCUGGUGCAGUUCCUAAAGGCAAUGCUACUCGGGAGAAUAUAGAACUUUUGGGACUGCAGGAAGGCCAGGUCAUAUUCAAGUGUCCCAAGUGCAUCAGCAUAAAGCCUGUCCGCGCUCAUCACUGUUCUGUGUGUCAGCGCUGCAUCAGGAAAAUGGAUCACCAUUGCCCUUGGGUCAACAAUUGUGUUGGCGAGAACAAUCAAAAAUUUUUUGUUCUCUUUACACUAUACAUUGCCCUGCUGUCACUGCAUGGCCUACUGCUGGGGGGCUACCACUUCGUGACGUGCGUGGGCAGCGAGUGGCGCCACUGCUCGAGCGUGUCUCCUCCAGCCACCGUUGUCUUGCUUCUCUUCCUCAUAUUUGAGAGCCUCCUGUUCGCCAUCUUUACCGCCGUCAUGUUCUUCUCUCAGCUCUCCGCUAUCUGGAACGAUGAGACGGGAAUCGAGCAACUGAAGAAAGAGCAAGGCACGUGGGAGCGCAAGUCCCGUUGGCGCAGCGUGCAGUCUGUGUUUGGUCGCUUCUCUGUGUCCUGGUUGAAUCCCUUCACUCUUCCGCCUCUGUCGGUCCGUCAUCAGCCUUUUUCUUAUGCUGUGUAGCAUCUGCUAUAAACCUUCACUCCAGCAGGGUCAAUAGGUUGUGAUCCGCCUUCCGCAUUGACUCCAGCCAGACUUUUAUUUUCUGAUCAACCAUCCGCCUGUACUCCGGCCAGAUCUUUACGUUGUGAUCAUUCAUCCGCCUUAACUCCGGCCAGAUCUUUAUGUUGUGAUCAUUCAUCCGCCUAAACUCCGGCCAGAUCUUUUUGUUGUGAUCAAUCAUACGACUGCUCCAGCUUGAUUGGUUGGGUCAAUUGCUCAUUAUAUGGAGUUAACACAUGACCCAAAUGUAUGCAUUGCUGCCCAAGCGAUUUGACUCGAGGCAACGGUGUAGGUAUCAACCGGUGUCUUGAGUUCCUCUAAUUACAGUUUUAUUCCCACAUCUGCAUGUUGCAAUCACAAAGGUAAUGUAAUAAGAAAGUCUCGUUAAUUGCAUUUCACAUGGUGUAGAACGACACAAAGUAUUGGAACCUUUAUUUAAAUAUUUAAGUAAAUAGCAAAAAUUUUGCUAUUUCCUUGUAUUUUCAUUGUGACAAUGUUAUAACGAAAUCAGUCGAAGCACUUGCCCGGAAUAGUCACAAACUUUUUCGUGAAUUACAAUGAAUGUAUUCCAUUUAGGGAUAUUUUGUCAAAGUUGUUACUGGAUCAAUGGGUGCGUAUUUAGUUCCUUUCUCUUGGGAGGGAUGGAGUGAAGUGUGUUGCGCGCUUAAUUUGGAUGCUGGACUCGGAGUAACUUGCAUUUUUUUCUUGCUUAUUUCUUUCUUACUUUCAAUUGUGCCACUAUUUUCGCCAUACCCUAAACACCAAAAAAUGUUUUAGCAAUUCUUACCUCAUUUAAAUUCAGUCAUUCUCUUUACAUUUCAUUGAUUGAGAAUUGAAAAUUAAUUUUCGUACCAACUGAAGACUUAGUCCAAGGAUUAUUACGCCUGGUAUUCACUGUAUUAACCAGCAUUUGCCUCACAGGCUUUUUGUGUACCUAAUUUGGGUGUUAGUUCUUGAAAUUCCAGUCUCAUUUCAUCACAAUAAUGACACUUGUACAAGAAAUAAUGAACCAUGAUGUUGAUAUACCUCGUAUUUUAAUUCUAAAUUGUUGUUACUCGAAUGAUUGAUAUAAUGAUAUCUAAUUUUUAUGUAAAUAUUUUGAAUCUACAUUCAAGUGGCAAUAUUCAUGAAAAAAUUGAAUUGGCUUCAGAAUUUGUAGACUUCAGUACUUGUUUAAACGCGUUAUUUGCCCAGGAACAAAAUUGUUCUGAAUUGCUUAUCAUCCCCAAAUUACUUACACCACAAUUAUUGUCUCUGUUUAUUAGUGCAAUUAUUCUAUCACUCUUGGGAAAGAAUGGAUCACGUAUGAACGUCGAUGACUUCGUUUAUGAAUGAAAUUGGUCAGCUUUCUAAAAGUUAGCCUGGUCCAUUUCAAUCUUUAUUCUUUAUUAUUAGCAUGUUUCGCUAGUGAAAACUGUACCAAAUAGAUUAAUUAGGAGUGAUAAUAUAUAUAUUUAUAGUGUAAUCGUGACUGAUGACGUUUGACUAUAAAACUUGUAAGAGAUAACAGCACCAAUGUUUGCUCUCCGUGUUCCUGGAAAGUCUUCCAAGAGCUGGCCUGUCUGUGUAGCGAUAUCUACUCAGACGUUCUUAUCAUACUGAAAAUAAUUUUUUUUGGCAUAAUUAUCUUUUUUAUCUAAUGAAAAUUAGGUGGUAUCACUUAUUUCGUAAGUUUCUUUUAUCCAGCCUAUUUGCUCGUUUUACUUAAUUUCAUUGAAACCCUAAAACAAUUGCCAUUAUUCUGAUAAGUUUUUGGUGUUCAAUUCGUUUGUUGUUGACUGCUUAGAUCCAAACGUGGCGUAGAGCUUCGCCUUCCAAUCCAAGUAAUUUUUUAAAAUUCAUAUAAUGUCACAACCAAUGAAUUUUCACAUAUUUAACUGCCUUUGCUCACCAAUUCACGCUAUGAAUAUAGCUUAUUUUUGAUAAAUUUGAUGUGAAAGCAAAUGAAGUAAUCUAAUGACUUGACUCAAUGAUAAUCUGAUGGUCAGCUAUGCGUACAUGUCGUACAAUCUUCAGAAUCAGAGCUGCAGCAGUAAACUUGGUGAACCCAAUUGCAUUUUACGCUACUCUGAUGCUGAUUGGCAGAGUCUCCUUGAAUCGAGCUAUUCAUCUGACCGGCCGGCCAGUUAGUGAUGAUUGUAUUGCUUUCAGUUGCAACUUGUUUGCUUGAUGACUUGAUGUAAUUUUGCUUAUUCGAAGUUCGUUCUAAGUGCUUCGUUCUAAGUGUAAAUUUUGAAUAAUUAUCAUUUAUCUAAAUUUGUUUCUGCCGACUUAACUUUUGAACAAAUGUUUUGCUGACAACGUUGUUCGCACUCCUGACUCAAUCCUCUGCAACUUGCCUCGGUAGUUGUUGUGUAUUUUCACUGCUCGUUACUUAGAUUCUGUAGUGGAUGUCUAACUUUAGAUGUGUUAUCUGUGUCUGAUAUAUCGUUACAAGCUAGUUGUGCUCCGUAGUGUAGCUUGUUGUGCUCACUGCAGAUACAGUACAUUUAUAGCAAGCAAAGCAGAGUAGAAUUUUAGAGACAGGUAAAUAUAAUACAUUUCUGUUAAAUAAAGGCUUGUGCUAAUCGAUGUCCAUGCUGAAGAUUGCCUUCUGAUUGUGAAUGAUGAUUCUCUGGCUUGCUUCUCGUACCUAGUUCGUGUUUGCCGGUUGUGAAUAUUUUGUUAGUAUUACAAUUUUGAGCAUUAAAGCGACCCUCUAGCUCAGUCCUAAUGGUUUGCAGCCUGUAUGCAUAUGUUUUGGAGGCGUUAUGAUAUUAUUUUGGAGUUUAAUUAGUUGCGUCCGUCUGUAGGAAACUCAAGUUCAGUGGUUACAGUUCAGAGUAUCAGGCUCAGAGCAGAGAGGUGCGGGUUCGAUCCCAGCUCUGUGCGUUAGCUUCUGGUCAGAAUCUGCAUGGAGGAAAAAUUGGACAAGCGAGUUGCGUGUUCGAGACCGCUAGAAGCUGCUAAUGUUCUGUGAAGUUAAGAAUCGGCGACUGGCCAACGACCUUAUAAACGCCGAAAAAAAAAUAAUGUCAACAUCGGCAGGUACUCGCCUAGCUUUUUGUAACACUCGAUGCGAUGAACGUCAAAUGGUUGUUCGGUUAUUCCGCGUUGCCUAAACUAGUUUUAAAUAAUAACCAUAUAUAGAUAGAAUUUUAUUUUCUUGUGGUCUUGAAGUAUGUGUUAUAAUCACUGCAACCAAAAAAACGUAUUCGCUUUAUUCCAAACUCGUUAUCUUAUUCAAACUUGUUCUGUGCAAGCUAUUACUUCUCUGAACCCCGUCGUUCUUUUCUUCGUCGCAACCAUCACAAAAUUUUAGGAUCUCUGCACUGUCUCUAAUCGAUUUCUGCUGGUUGUAAUUUUUUUUAACAGUCAACCAAAGACUGAUAAUUAAUUAAUUCACGUUGCAGGUAUGUUUCCAAUGAUUAAUGCGAUGACAGUUGCUUCAUUAGUCGUGUAUGUAGGCAAUUUACGCGCUCUCGUCACCAAUAGCUCAGUUGUAUGGCCUGAGAUUCUCAUUUGAAUCCUCGGAAUUGAUUUUGAUAGGAUAUUUUGCAUUUCACGUCGCUCGCCGGUUAGUUAUUAAUUUGGUAAUUGAUAUUGAUUGUAUAAUUAUUCGUUGUUUGUCGAUAUAAAUAUUAUUUGUAAGGGAGAAUGUCGGUGGAAGUCGUUCGAAAUUUCCAAAAUACUAUGAUUGUUUUUUAAUUUUAAGUUUCGGCGUUUAAGACAUAAAAUGAAAUCGAGAAUUAUUGCAAAUCCGGCAAAUAUUUUGUGUGCUAGAGGCGAUAUUUCCUCGAUCCUUCCUUUAAUGGAGUCUAUUGCAAAUAUUCUGUAAAUUGCAAGCAAUUGUUUCUAUAUUUUUACAAUAUUUUCUACGUGUAAAAAUGUUUAAUUUCGUUAACGUGCAGUGACUCGAUUAUUGGAGAAAUGUCAUUUCCAGCAGGCCUCGAGUUGCAAUUUUUCAUUACACAUCCAAUCGUUGACCAGAAUAGGUACCGUUGAAUAGAUACCUGACUGUUACUUCUAUCCGAAGUAACAGUCAGCCAGAAACUUACACGACUACUAUUUCACGAGCUUACUUUUCUAACAUAAAAAUUGAUCAAAUACGCAUAACUCCAUUCCACUGCUACCAAUUUCUGGGUCUAACAAUAAUGUACAUGUAUACCUGCACACGCGUCUCUCUGCCUCUGAGAAGCUUUGUUCCAAUGUCAGCACUUUAACGUUCAAGAAUCAAUUACGCCUUUAGGAGCAAAACUGUGCCGAAGUUAACAAGAUUCAUCGUGCACUCGUGUUUCAGUGAGAAGCUUUUUCGUAUAUUCGUCGAAUCAAUGUACAAGAAUUAGCUUGAUCAACUUGCGGGAUAGUGGCCCAUCAAUCGAAGUGAUUUAUGGCGAGAUUUCCCUGCGAUUAUUCCCCUUCCCCGCGUUUCUCGCAACAGUUAACAUCGUAGAACUUAAGUUCCACCCUUAUUCUUGAUGCAGCAAGGAUACAUGGCAGGUGUUAAGCUAAGAAUUAAUGGCACUAAAAUUGGUUGGUAUUCCGCUGUAGUACAUGUUUCGAUUAAGUGCAUUUGUGUUCAACAAUAUUGCACUCGUAUCAGGAUUCUCGUGACCAGAAACCUGCAAUACUCUGCUAUUCCGCGAUGCGUGGUAUUGGUCUCGCUAGAAUAGAUGAUCCACCUUUUCCUUGAACGUUGUAUUUUUAUAUGUGAAAUGGGGGAAAAUUGUAACGCAUUAGAUGCCUUCACAAAUAUAACCGUGAUAUGCAA